GGGGUAGGGCUGACGCCCCUUGGGCUCGGCUUGAACUCCCUCGCCCAAGAGGUGGGUCUUUCUCUGACUGCCCCUGGCUCUUGCUUCCCGCCCUCAAGCCGAGGGUUUGGAUACUGAGAGAGGAGGAAGAAAGGAUUCUUUCACCAUGAGGUCCUUCCUGCAGGCAGUGGCACUCUGGGGAAAGAAGGCCCCUCCGCAUAGCAUCACUGCCAUCAUGAUCACCGAUGACCAGCAAAUGAUUGUGACAGGAAGUCAAGAGGGUCAGCUCUGUCUCUGGAAUCUCUCAGCUGAACUAAAGAUUUCAGCAAAAGAACUUCUUUUUGGUCAUUCAGCUUCGGUAACAUGUUUGGCAAGAGCAAGAGACUUCUCUAAACAGCCAUUCAUUGUUAGUGCUGCUGAAAAUGGGGAGAUGUGUGUUUGGAAUGUCACCAAUGGACAGUGCGUGGAGAAGGCCACACUUCCUUACAGGCACACUGCAAUCUGUUAUUACCACUGCUCAUUCCGGAUGACCGGAGAAGGCUGGCUUCUGUGUUGUGGAGAAUAUCAAGAUGUUCUUAUAAUUGAUGCCAAAAGUUUGGUUGUUAUUCACACUUUCAUAUCAUCUCAGUCACCUGAUUGGAUCAAUUGUAUGUGCAUUGUUCACUCCAUGAGAAUUCAAGAAGAUUCUCUUUUGGUGGUAUCAGUGGCGGGUGAGCUUAAAGUAUGGAAUCUCUCUUCAUCUAUCAACAGCAUUCAGGAAAAGCAAGAUGUUUAUGAAAAGGAAUCCAAAUUUCUCAAUGCCCUGAACUGCCAGGCAAUACGAUUUUGCACGUAUACAGAGAGACUUCUACUGGUGGUAUUUUCUAAGUGUUGGAAGGUUUAUGAUUAUUGUGAUUUUUCCCUUCUUUGGACUGAAGUUAGUGGGAGUGGACAGUUCUUUGCUGGUGGAGAGGUGCUUGCUGCUCACAGAAUCAUCAUCUGGACAGAAGACGGUCACAGUUAUAUCUAUCAGCUGCUGAACAGUGGGCUUUCAAAAAGCAUAUAUCCUGCUGAUGGAAGAGUGCUUAAAGAGACCAUUUAUCCUCAUUUACUGUGCUCUAUUUCUGUGCAGGAAAAUAAGAGCCUUCCCUUGGUUAUGGACUACAUGAAUGAAAGGAAAGAGCCUUUUUACAAGGUACUUUUCUCUGGAGACGUCUCAGGAAGAAUUACUUUGUGGCACAUCCCUGAUGUUCCUGUAUCCAAGUUUGAUGGCUCUCCUAGAGAGAUACCAAUAACUACCACCUGGACCCUUCAAGAUAAUUUUGAUAAGCAUCAUACCAUGUCACAAAGUAUUAUUGACCACUUCUCUGGGUUUAAAAAUGGGGCUGGAACUGCAGUUGUCACAUCAUCAGAGUAUGUUCCAAGUCUUGAUAAACUAAUAUGUGGUUGUGAAGAUGGGACAAUUUUCAUUACACAGGCUUUGAAUGCUGCAAAAGCAGGACUUCUAGAAGGCGAUUCUUUACUAAAAGGUUCCCUCCCUCACAAAGUUCUCAAAGAAGGCCAUCACCACAGUGUUACUUCCUUGCUUUACCCACAUGGUCUCUCUUCAAAAUUAGACCAAAGUUGGCUGGUAUCUGGGGAUCAGGACUCAUGGGUCAUCUUGUGGGAUAUCUUUACUGAAGAAAUUUUACAUAAAUUCUUUUUGCAAGCUGGUCCAGUAACAAGUCUUUUGAUGUCACCAGAGAAUUUCAAACUACGCAGUCAUCAGGUAAUUUGCAGCGUGUGCGAUGACCAUUCCGUGGCUCUCCUCCACCUUGAGGGGAGGAGGUGCCUUCUGAGUGCCCGGAAGCAUCUUUUCCCUGUGAGGAUGAUAAAAUGGCAUCCAGUUGAGAACGUUUUAAUUGUUGGAUGUGCUGAUGACUCUGUUUACAUCUGGGAAAUUGAAACAGGUACUUUGGAAAGACAUGAAACCGGAGAAAGAGCAAGGAUUAUUCUUAAUUGUUGUGAUGAUUCACAGCUUCUAAAGCCUGAAUCUGUACUUCCAGUUGCCUCAGAGACACAUAAGCACAAAAGUAUAGAGCAGAAGUCCUCCAGCUCCUACCAUUUUGGGCCAAUACCUUGCCCUGGUCUGCAGGUGGAGUCUUCAUGUAAGGUUGCUGAUGCCAAGUUUUUCUCAGGACCUUUUAAUGUGAUGCCUGUGAAGACAAAAUGGAGUAACAUUGGCUUUCAUAUCCUUCUAUUUGAUCUGGAAAACCUUGUUGAACUUUUGCUGCCUACUCCAAUCUGUGAUGUUGACACUUCCAAUUCCUUCUAUGGCAGUGAGAUCCUGCGAAGGGCCAAAAGCACAGUAGAGAAGAAAACACUGACGCUGAAAAGAAAUAAAACUGCCUGUGGUCCUCUCUCAGUGGAGGCAGAAGCCAAGCCUGUUAGUGAAAGCCCAGCCCAAGGAGAUAAUACCAUCAAAUUAUCAGAAGAAAAUGAUGGCAUUAAAAGGCAGAAGAAAAUAAAGAGCUCCAAAAAGAUGCACCCUAUGCAAUCAAGCAAAUUUGAUGCCAACCUCACAAUAGACACAGCUAAAUUGCUCCUAUCUUGUCUUUUACCGUGGGGAGUGGAUAAAGAAUUAGAUAAUCUCUGCAUUAAGCAUCUCAAUAUUUUAAAGCUUCAGGGUCCCGUUUCUUUAGGACUUGCUUCAAAUGAAGAUCACUUUUCACUGAUGCUGCCAGGUUGGGAUUUAUGCAAUGCUGAAAUGAACAAAGAUUAUUCAAAAGCGAAUUUAUUUUCCAGAAAAGUUUUGGACUUGUCAAAUAAAUAUACUUCCACUCUUCCAAAUCAGGCUGGGAUGCCAAGAGGACUGGAAAAUAUUUCUGAUCCUUUGCAAGAGUCAAACACUAUAGUUUACUUAUUGAGCAAGCUAUUUUUAGUUAAUAAGUUAGUUAAUAUGCCUUUAGAACUUGCUUGUGGAAUUGACAGAUCUUUCAAAAUGGAGUCUGUGCAUAACAAGAUGAAAAAUCCUGGGAAUGAUAUUUUGAAUAUUUCAAGCUUCUAUGGUUAUUUACGAAAUGGUAAGAGUGAAUCCCAUCUACCUGAAGCUGACAUUUCACUUUUGAAGCUAAUUUCCUGUUGGAGAGAUCAGUCUGUCCAGGUAACUGAAGCAAUACAAGCUGUUCUCCUGGCAGAAGUUCAACAGCACAUGAAGACUUUAAGAAAGGCAUCAGUCAAUAAUGAGCCAAUGUCUGUGGCGGAGAAUGGUGACUAUGAGAUGAUACAGAUCCUACCAAAGAUGGAAUGGGCAGAGGAGCCAGAGCUACAGUGUACUGCAGACACUUUGCCUCUGCAAAAAAGCCAUCGGACAGCUCUGCAUCAUCUAGCUCUAUCAAUCAAGGACCUCAACCGCUGCUUGCUGCUGAAAGCUUUCCUGUUUGGCUCUGUUUUUUCACAGACAGCUCAAUAACUUGUCUGUGGAGCUGUGAUAAAUGUACCAUGUACUUCUAAACUGUCUCUUUAACACUGGACUGCACUUCAACUUGUAAUGCUUCUGACUAAUUGCUUAUAUCAAAGGCUUUUUAUUUAUUUGUAAUGAUUAUCCAAUAGGCUUAUCAUUUAUGUUUCUCACUUCUCUUCAUGAAGUGGUUUUAUUUUAAAGUUGCACACAGCAGACUGUCAGCUAACUUCUAAUGUAGCAACUCUUUCUCAAUGAAUAAGUUGUCAAGUUAAGAGAAUAUAAUUGGCAAACCCUAGUAUAUAACCAGAACAAGUGCAAACUCCUAAUGAUUUUUCUUCUCUUUUUGUGAUUGCUGCACAUCAGCCAUAGUUUUAAACAUCAACUUUAUGGCCACCUACUGUGGCUGUCGGAACAGAAAUCUCCUGGUGGUUUUGUCCUCUUGUGUAAGAACAGUAGUCAGGAUUAUAAAACCCUUGUAUUUGGGCACAAUUGCCAGUUUCUGCUAAGGAGGCCCAGAAUAGAGCUAUUAUGGUAAAUGAAUAACUUCUCACUUUGAGAGAAGGUAGUUCUUUCAGAUCAGGUUGGAGGUCAAUGACAGGGCAAGGAAAGGAAGCUCAUAUUGCAGCUGUCUGCAAAUGAGCUUUUCCUACAGAUACUGUAAGGAAAAAUAAGAGUCUAUUGGAGAGGCUGAUCUCCACCUAAUAUUUAAAAACAUAUUCUAAAGAGAAAGGAAAACCUCUAUGCUUUUUCUUAAACUUUUGUUGUACUUUAAAAAAGUACAUAUUUUUUGUCAUCAUCAAAGAUUCUUCAUAUUGGAAAUGAAAAGUAUUUCUUUUUUCUAGCCCAUGGCUAAAAGAAAAAAGAAAUCCUGUGACUUCAGUCCAUGUUUUUUAAUCCUAAAAAAGUGCUAACAUCACAAAGAAAAACAAUUUUAAGUAAAUGCCCAUUUAAGUUUGCUGUUGUUUUUUGGUUCUAUUUCUGUCAACUAAAAGCUUGGUUUGAUUCAGACACUGAUAAUCUGAAGAGAUAACUGCUUGUCUGAAUGCCUGAGAUACUAACUUUCCAAGAAAGUGAUUUUAAUAAAUAUCACACAUAUUUUAAGUAUGCAAAUAGAGUAAGUUAAAAAGUAGAAUGUCCCAAUUUUGAACGGCAAGAAAAAAUCUCAUUCAGAGAUUUUUUUUUUUUUCUAAAGCCAUCUUCUUGCCUCACGGGAAAAAAGUUCUACCGUAGAAAUAAAAUCUAGGAGUUCCUGCUGUGAUGCAAUGGUUUCAGCAGCAUUUCUGGAGUGCCUGGGAUGCAGGUUCGAUCCCUGGCCUGGCACAGUGGGUGUCACCACAGCUGCAGGGUAGGUCACACCUGCAGCUUGCAUCUGAUCUAUGGCUUGGGAAUUCCAAACGCCCCAGUGCGGCCAAAAAAAGAAAAUAAAUAAAUAAAUGAAAUCAAAAGGCAAAUGCCAUUUAUUACUCUGACUCAGAAUAAGCUAGCUUUACUCAUUGGCUCAAUUGGAGGAAGAAGUUGCACAUUAAAUCAAGAAAUCGUCUGCAUAAGGUUUUGGAAUGCAUUACAAGGCCCUCUCAUAGAGCAAUGUAGUGGGUAUACUUGAACUUUUCUGAAUUUAUAAAUUAGGAAAUCAAUUCAGCAUUGCAUUAAACAUACUUAAAUGGAAUGUUGAGUUGCUAAAUCAUCAUUUUCAGAGGUAAUCAAAUAAUCCUUGUUCUGCCUUCACUCCACCCCUAAGCCAUUUUCCUGAAGAUCAAAGAGAGAGAGUAGCAUCUAUGGAAAAAUAUUUAAUGAGGUUUCAGUUGUCUAAUUAAAUUUGAUACAUAGACUUGACUUUAUAGCCAAUAUUUUUUUUCAGAAUUUGUUUUUGCUUUUUUUUUUUUUAAUUCAGUGCUACAUUAUUCUAUACUUCUAACUUGGUUUGGCUUGAAUAUUUGGUGUCAGAGCAAUUGCAAAAAACUUCUAGGUGAUAGGAAGAGGUAAUUGGGAAUUAAAUAUGUUUAAUUGGGAAUUAAAUAUGUUAUAGAUAAUGUUCAACAUGUGGCAAAUUAAGGAUAUAACAUUAUAGGAUACUUGUUUGCUGUUAACAUCAGAUAAACCAUUAAAAUUAAUAUUGACAUCUAUAAUAAACUCCUAUUAUAUUUGAGUGAUAGACUCCAGAAAACACUUAUGGUAGAAGUGGAGCUAUGUCAAUCAGUGCCUGUGGAAAGACAAUGGAUUGGGCUCUUGACCUGAGCUUUACCCAUUUCUUCAUAGUUCUACCAUUGCUACUAUUUCACCAUCAACAGGAAGACAUCAUUUUUACCCACUACCCUAUUAUCCAGAUACAGGAGGGAAGAUUCUGGAAGCAUUUUCUUCUUUAGGCUUAUAUUACCAGGGAGGUCUUUUUUGUUUAAGUCAGUCUCAACAAAGAUAAUAAACUGCUUCCUCUAAUGUUUUUCAUCGACAGCAUGAUGGUUCAACUCAUUUGUUUUCAGGACCUACAAAGCAGACAACAGAGUCUCAAGGAGGACAACAUGUGCUGCUCCACAUUCUCUUCUGGGCUUCAAGUUUUAGCUGUGGCUCACUGCAGAAGAAGUCCAGGAAAUUGGUUCCUCUUAAGUGAGAAAUCUGUCUACUAGUAAUGGUUCCAACAGUGAGGUCUAUGCUGUUUAUGUCUAUGUCUGGGCUAAGCAAGAAAGGCUGCUGUGAUAGAUUAAUGCUCCAUACUAUGAGCAAAGGAUGGGGGCCCCAAAGGGAGGAAUCAGGGGAUUAGCAUGUGAUGAUUUGGUGCAAAGCAGGAAAUAUAGUUGUCAUGUCUUUAGACAUGUACAUCUGUAUAUGUAUGAAGUAGCAUGUUAAUUAGCCAGAAACUAAUGUUUGAGUUCCAGUACCACUUUAUAUGUCACCUUAGUUAGCCUCCUUGAGCUUUACUUUAUUUAUAAGUUAACAAUAAUGAACCAAAAAUUAUAAAUAAUUUUUUAUUGUAACAUUGCUAUACAAAUAUUAGGUGCUAGUAAAUUAUCCUAGAUUUAAAAAAAAAAAAAACCCUUGGAAAUUAUCUAGUAGCAUCCCCUUCAAUUAAAGGUAAGGAAACAGCCUCAAGAUGGUCGAUGGCCAUUUUCCGAAGCUCACAAGGCUGAGUAUCUCUUGACCUCAGUCCAGAUCUCAUUAUACAAUACCACAAAAAGUGCCAUGUGAGCUGCUGCUUCUUCUUUCCUAGUUUAAGGCAGAUGUUGCUCAUUGAUCAAGACACUGUUUCUUGUUGGGAACAGAUACAACAUUAGAAAUCUUUUGGACAUAUCCUUUCAAGCGGUAAUUGUAAUCUUGUUGGCUGUGGCAUGUGAGAUGAAGCUCUUAGUCAUCUUAAUGUCUAAGUGACUCUAAAGCUCAUACAAAAUAAGUUUACAUAUAGUCCUCCCUACUUUAGAUGCUCCUAUUGUUGUACUAAAGGCAUCAGUAAACUUGUUUCCCCAAGAUUAUCCGACAGUUCAGAAAAAUUGAAUGAAUGCUAAAUACAGUGUGGCUUCUUCCAUGGAGUCAUGGAAAAAUAGGCAAGAACUUAGAAAAGAGGAAAGAAUUCCCUAACCUUGGGAAACUAAGUGUAAUGACACUGUAAUAGUUCUUCUUGCACUCCCUCAUGGCAUCUAAGCUCUCUGGAUAGCCUAAUAUACAAAAAGUUAAUAAAGCAAAUUACCUUUUAAAGUGCAGUUUCUUAUUCUGGCCAAGGCAACCUUGGCAAUAUCCAUUGUUUAAUUGUCAGAGUCAGAUUCCUAUUGUCAAUAAAUCUUUAAUUUCUCUUGUCUUUUUGACCUACUGAGAACUUCUUUUCCUUGUUGCUCUAAUAACUUGAAUUAUCUUCAUUCAGAUUUUUGUGUAUGUUUAAGAUAUGUAUGUUUUUAUUGUGUUGUAUGCAUGAUAUGUAUUAUGUAGGACAUUAGUAACUUUUCUACAUGUACUCAGCAUAUUUUAUACCAAUAAUUUAUUUUUUCCAAGUGAUCUGAUUUAUGCUAUAUUUUGAACCAUAUUAUAGAAUAUCCAUAAUAGCAGUCUGUAUUUUGCAUAUUUUAGAUGGUUUGAUUGGCCUAAUACUGUGAAUUGAACCCAGACAAAAUAUUGCAUUUUGAAUCAUUAGAAAAGUAUUCUCCAUGAUUUCCCAAUGUAAUUACAUCUAUUCUUUAAACUUUUAUCAGUCUAAGCAGUUUACUGGGCUGGGUCAUCAGAUAAUUGCCAGCUCGGUGCCAAGUCAGCCUUCUUCACAUGGAUGAUUUGGCUGAUAUAGGAGACAGUUGAUAAGUCAGUUCCAUCCAUCCAUGUACUGGAAUACUGCUGAAUGUCACCCUUGCGGAUUUCCAGACCCUAAUGCUUCUAGAAAUACUUAUGUGAAUUCUCUGAAGUAACAUUAUGAAAAAGAGUGACUUAAUUGCAAUAAAAAUAAUAAACAGUAAAACCUAAAAUGAAGACGGGAAUCUAAAAACCCUUAGUUCUAAAAACUGUACUCUAUAGUGUUUCCCUAUGUUGAAAAGUUCGAGUGGUUUCAUCAUCAUAACCCAUAUCCUCAUACUAAUGUUAUUUACUCACUUAUUUAACUGCUAGUAAAAUGUUUUCUUCAAGAGAUGAGCAUUGUAUGAGCCUCAUUGUACACUGCCUCUUCAUUACACCUUUGUUAAACAUUAACAUCGGCAAGCAAAGAAGAGUAUUACUAUUUGUUUUCUCGUAGAUAAAUAACAGAACAUAUUCUGACAUAUUUACUUUAAAGAAAAAGUGUUUAAAAUUUUAGUGUAUAUUUUUAUUUUGAAACAGUGUAGUAUAGUGAAAGAUAUCAUCUAAUCAUAAUGUAUAAACAGAUUUGAGGCUCAGUUCAUUAUUUGUUAAAGAAAGUUAUCUUGUUCCUUUGACUUCCCUUAUUUUGUAAAAUGAAAACAAUAGCCUUUUUUUUUUUCCUGAAGGAAUACCAUAAUACUUUUUAGGUAAUGGAUAUAAAACCCCUUUUCUUCUUUGAAAAAUAAUACUACCACGAAGGGAUGGGAAACACUUUUUUAAAUUGCAA